AUGCAGCCUGCGGAUGAGUUAAAAUCCCUGACAUCCAAGAAGAUCCCGAUGGCAGAAAAUCCGCAACAUGCUCUCAACAGUAUGCUCGCCACCGCAGAGUCCCUUUCGAAACGGGGGCUUGAUGUUAACGAAACCUUCGUUUUGCACCUCUUCUUGGAUGCCCUCUCCAACGAGUACGCUAUGACCAAGCACGCCCUCAGACACAAGGAGAGGUUGACAAGGAGUGACGCCCUGAAGGAGGUCACCAUCGAAUAUCGAUCGAUCAUGGAGAAGGUGAAGGCGGGGCAAGGCAAGGACGCGCGCGGCACCGAGCAGGCCUACCUCGCCGAUGAAGGCGGCCGCCGUGGGCGGUCGUCGUGGCGUGGGGGCGGCCGCCGAGGGCGGUCGUCCUGGCGUGGUCGUGGCGGUGGCCGCAGCGGCGGCCGCGGGGGCGGCGACAGCAGCGGAAAAGGCGGUGGCGGCGUCGAGGAGAGCAAGGGGAGUAGCUCUGGUGGGGCAGGUGGCGGCGGUACCGGGGACAAGAAGUUCCCGGACCGGUGCUUCAUGUGUGGCCGUUUCGGACACACACAACAGGACUGCACCACCAAGGAGAGCGACUACCUCCCGCAGUGCUCACACUGCGCAGGAUGGGGUCACAGCAAGGACAAGUGCGCGACGGAGGAGCCCGUCCUGGCGCAGAUCGUCCAUGCCGACAGCGACGCCAACCAGGCCUUCUGCGCGGCGCCGAGCCUGCCAGGCGAGUGUGGUGCUGUUGACCUAGGUCUAGUGGGGGUAACGGAACUAGGCCAGGAUGUCAUGGUGUACGUGGCUGAUACAGCAGCCACGUGCUCCAUGUUCCGAUGCGCAAACGCGUUCGUGAACUACCGCGAGUGUAGUGGUUGGGUCAAGGGGAUCGGAGGCAACAAGGCCCCCGUUCCUCUCAUAGGGUACGGAGACGAGACCGUAGUCUUUCUGACCGAAGGCGGUAGGGUACCAGUGCUAAUCCUGAACGCCGCUCAUGUGCCCGAGUCCCCCC